UGCAGUCGCCCUCCCGGGACCCUCACCGCCCGUCGAGGCGGAGGGGCCGCUGCAAGCGCUGCCACUCGCCCUCGGCAAGCGCCAUGGAGAAGGAAGCCAGCCCCUCGGCCAGCAGCUCGGUGGCCUUGGCCUCGUCUUCCACGGCCACCUUCAAGGAAGAACUGCUGUGCCCCAUCUGCUACGAGCCUUUCCGGGAAGCCGUGACGCUUUGCUGCGGCCACAACUUCUGCAAGGGCUGCGUGAGCCGUUCCUGGGAACACCGGCAUCACGUGUGCCCCGUCUGCAAAGAGGCCUCCUCGUUCGACGACCUUCGCGUCAACCACACGCUCAACAACCUGGUGGAGAUGAUCCUCAAGGAGGAAGGGCAGCGGUGGGGCCGGGCGGCCGCCCUCUGUCCCCUGCAUCACGAGGAAGCCAAACUCUUCUGCCUGGAGGACAAGGAGUUGGCGUGCUUCGUCUGCCAGAGCUCCAAGCAACACGAAGGGCACAAGCUGCGGGCGGUGCAGGAGACGGCGGCGGAUUUCAGGGCUUGCGAGGGUCCUGAAGGCGUCUCCUCCCCGCAGGCCAAGCUGAAGAACAUGGAGACCUCCCUGCGGGAUAAGGCGAAGGAUUUCGGGGCCGUGCAUCGCUCCUACGAGUCCAUCUCCAAACACAAUCAGGUGGAAGCGGUGCGGCUGGAGGAGCAGAUCAGGAGGGAGUUUGAGAAGCUGCACGAGUUCCUGCGGGGCGAGGAGAAGGCGCUGCUGGCCCAGCUGCAGGAGGAGACGCGGCGCAAGCACGGCCUCAUCGAGGGCAAGAUGAAGCAGCUGACGGAGGAGAGCCGGGCCCUGCUCAACGAAGCCCGCCAGCUCCAGGCGGACCUCAAGGAGGAUGACUACACCUUCCUCAUGACCCACAAGAACCGCAAGCGCAGGAUCGCCUGCACGGCCGAGGAGCCGGAGGCCGUGCCCUCGGGAAUGCUCCUCGAUGUCGCCAAGUACCUGGGCUCGCUGCAGUACAACGUGUGGAAGAAGAUGCUGGAGAUCAUCACCGUAGUCCCCUUCAGCUUCGACCCCAACUCCGCGGCGGGCUGGCUCUCGGUGUCCGAGGACCUCGCCAGCGUCACGAACGGGGGCUACAAGCUGCUGGUGGAGAACCCCGAGCGCUUCACCUCGGCCCCCUGCAUCCUGGGCUCCCGCGGCUUCUCCACCGGCUUCCACACCUGGGAGGUGGACCUGGGUGGCAUCACGAACUGGCGAGUGGGGGUGGCCCAGCCACGCAGUGGCACCCACUGGACCUUCCACCACGAUGCUCGUUCCGGUUUCUGGUACAUCUACCGCCUGCCCGGGAAGGACGGCGAGACGUGCCGAGCAUCCAACACGGCGCGUUCGGAGGCGGCGUUGGGCGACCUGAGACGGAUCCGGGUGGAGCUGGACUGCGACGAAGGGGAGCUCUCCUUCUACGACGCCGACCGCAAGACCCACAUCUACACCUUCCACGAGAAGUUCGGCGGCACCGUCUUCCCCUACUUCUACGUGGGGGGUACGCCGGUGGGCACGCUGCCCGAGGCGCUCCGCAUCUGUCCCCUCCGGGUCCGCGUCCACGAGGAUGUCCCUGUCUAGUGGCCGCCAUCUCCUGCCACCACCGCCUCUGCCUGCGUUUGGGGUUCUCCAGAUGCUUUUUCAGCUUUUCUCAGAAAAAAAAAUAAGGGAAAAAAGAAUUUAUGUAUGUACUGUCUCUUUUUUUUAUAUAUAUAAUUAAUAAACACUCUGCUCUUCUGG